AUACGAAAAUAUAAUUUCCACGACAAGAGCCACCAGAUCUCACAAGGACUUAAUUGGUUUUUUGCUCGUGUACAAAAUUUGAUCUUAGGCUUUAUUAUUCGACCUCUCCUGUAUGUACCACAUGGUAACCUUCUUUACAUUCUUUUAAAUUUCUCCAUUACCGCUGCUCCUCAGUUGGAUCGAAAGAAACAUUAAUGGCUCCUCCUGUUCAAUCUCAACGUCUCCCACCUCCCUCUCAGCCAUCUGGAAAGGGUGAAGUGGGAGAAUUGAAAACCCAACUGAGGCAAUUAGCUGGGAGCAGAGCACCGGGAGCCGAGGACUUGAAACGGGAACUAUACAAGAAGGUCAUAUCCUACAUGACCAUAGGGAUCGAUGUCUCUUCCCUCUUCAGUGAAAUGGUCAUGUGCUCUGCAACAUCAGACAUUGUGUUGAAGAAGAUGUGUUAUCUCUACGUGGGCAAUUAUGCAAAGGUUCAUCCAGAUUUGGCUCUUCUGACCAUCAAUUUUCUCCAAAAGGAUUGCCAGGAUGAAGAUCCCAUGAUCAGAGGGCUUGCUCUCAGGAGCCUUUGUUCCCUCAGAGUGAAAAACCUGGUAGAAUAUCUUGUGGGUCCUUUGAGAACAGGGCUUCAGGACAGCAAUAGCUAUGUUAGGACAGUGGCAGCCAUCGGGGCAUUAAAGCUCUAUCACAUCUCUCCAUCCACGUGCAUUGAUUCUGAUUUCCCUGUGGCCCUGAAGGCACUUAUGAUGCAUGAUCCUGAUGCCAAGGUUGUUGCAAGCUGCUUGUCUUCACUUCAAGAAAUCUUAACAUUGGAAGGGAGUGCUUCAGAAGAAGCAUCCAAAGAGAGGGAACUACUUCUUAGCAAGCCAGUUAUCUAUUUCCUUUUGAACAGGAUCAGGGAAUUUAGUGAGUGGGCUCAAUGCCUUGUCCUUGACUUGGUUUCUAAGUAUGUUCCUUCUGAAAGCAGUGAGAUUUUUGACAUAAUGAAUCUUCUCGAGGAUAGGCUACAGCAUGCAAACAGUGCUGUCGUCUUGGCUACAAUUAAUGUAUUUCUUCAUUUGACAAUUUCCAUGGCUGAUGUGCACCAGCAGGUAUAUGAACGAAUCAAAGCUCCUUUGCUUACUUUGGUGGGUUCAGGUAGUUCAGAACAGUCAUAUGCUGUGCUAAGCCAUCUACAUCUACUGGUGAUGCGUGCUCCAAUAUUGUUUUCAUCAGAUUAUAAGCAUUUCUAUUGCCGCUACAGUGAUCCAUCAUAUGUGAAGAAAUUGAAACUUGAGAUGCUUACAGCUGUGGCAAAUGAGAGUAAUACAUAUGAGAUUGUAACGGAGCUCAGUGAGUAUGCUGCAAAUGUUGAUGUGCUCAUUGCAAGAGAGUCUAUCCGUGCAGUUGGAAAAAUUGCAUUGCAGCAGUAUGAUGUCAAUGCUAUUGUUGAUCGUCUGCUUCAGUUCCUAGAGAUGGAAAAGGACUAUGUAACUGCAGAAACUCUGGUACUCGUGAAGGACCUGCUAAGGAAGUAUCCACAGUGGAGUCAGGACUGUAUAGCAGUUGUUGGUAAUGUUAGCAGCAAAAAUGUUGAAGAGCCCAAGGCCAAAGCUGCGCUGGUAUGGAUGCUAGGAGAGUAUUCUCAGGAUAUGCUUGAUGCUCCUUAUAUUCUUGAAAGCCUGAUUGACAGCUGGGAUGAAGAAGACUCUGCAGAGGUUAGGCUGCAUUUGCUGACUGCAGUUACUAAGUGCUUUUUCAAGAGGCCUCCAGAGACCCAGAAGGCUUUAGGUGCCGCACUGGCUGCUGGCUUGGCUGAUGCACAUCAGGAUGUACAUGAUAGGGCAUUAUUUUACUACAGGCUUUUGCAACACGAUGUGAGUGUUGCAGAACGUGUAAUAAAUCCUCCUAAACAAGCUGUCUCAGUCUUUGCUGAUACCCAAAGCAGUGAAGUCAAGGACCGCAUUUUUGAUGAAUUUAAUAGCCUUUCUGUCAUAUAUCAAGAGCCUUCAUACAUGUUUAUUGAUAAGGAACAUCGUGGACCAUUUGAGUUUUCUGAAGAUAUUGGAGCUCUGGCAAGUGGAGCAUCACCUGAUAACAGUGUCCUCCCCAGUCAAAGAGUUGAAGCAUCUGACAAUGAUCUAUUGCUAAGUGCAUCAGAGAAGGAGGACAAUAGAGGCACUGCAACAAAUGGUUCCCUUUCUUAUAGUGCUCCUGAUUACAAUGGCAGUUCCACUGCACUUGUGUCGCAUUCUCCAUCUUCUACAGUCAAUACUGCUGCAGUAUCAGGUGCACCGCCCACAGCAUCUAUUUCACAACCAAUUAUAGAGAUUGAUGAUUUACUUGGCUUGGGCCCUGUUAUGACUACAACACCAACUCCUGCAUUAAAGCUUAACUCCAAAACAGUACUUGAUCCUGCCACAUUUCAGCGGAAGUGGGGUCAACUUCCAAUUGCUUUAACACAGGACUAUUCUUUGACAGCUCAAGGGGUUGCUUCAUUAACUUCACCUCAGGUUCUCCUGCGCCAUAUGCAGGGGCAUUUAAUACAAUGCAUUGCGUCUGGAGGUCAACCUCCAAACUUCAAAUUCUUUUUCUUUGCACAGAAUUCGGAGGCACCUUCUGGUGCAGGUUUUUUCCUUGUUGAGUGCCUUGUAAAUACUUCCUCUUCAAAGGCCCAUGUAAAAGUAAAAGCAGAUGAAGCUAGGUUGUCACAAGAUUUUGCUGUAUUGUUCCAAUCGGCAUUGGAAAAGUUUGGUGUUUCAUAGUUUUUUGGCUAGAUUUGAUCUAGUAUUUUUCAUGGAAACUCUUCUUCCGUUGAGUUUGAACUACAUAAAAAAUCGGCUUGGACAUUCAAAUAUUUCAAUAUAUCUGCACCCAAAGAAGUUUUUGUUCAUGAGCAAAUGGUGCAAAUGGUCAAAGUCAAGAAGCACAACAGUUACAUUGUAAAAUUUCCUUUUAUUGCUUUUGUUUAUGUGGAGUAAAUGAGCAAAAAUAUUACCUUUAUUAUGCUUAAAA